AUGGGUCGAGGAAUGGGUCGAGCUUAUUUCUUCGUAUGUUUCAACACAGCUAGGGUUUUCUCACUCUCUCUCACUCCCACUCUCACUCCAGAUCAGAGUUCCGAUAAGAGAUGUAUAGAUAACACACUGGAUGAGUUCCGAUUAGAGAACACAGUGGAUGGGGAGGGUUGUGAACAGUGGAUGAGUUCUAGAUUCUCUGUUCCAGCAUCGAAAGCAACUAGAGAUCAGAGUUCUCCAGCGAUCUCAUUGGCGCUUAACACAGUUCUCCAACGUGGGGUUGUUGUUGUCCUUGAUCUUAGGUACAAACUUAGUGUGUUGGAGUUUCAUUUUGAUAAACUUUAUGGAGAUACAGCUGAGGAGGAAAUUGUGAAGAUUCGCCAACUUUGUUAUGAUUUGUUGCAAGAGUAUCAAAGAAAACUUAGUUUGGGAACUGAUGCUAAUGUUGAAUCUGCUACAAGUUCAAAUUUUGGGGAUUCAGAGGUAGUUUCAGAUUAUGAUUUGUUUAUUAGUAGAAAGCGAAGAAAAAAAGUCAACAAUGUAACAUCAGAGUUGGACCAUUAUUUAGAAGAGGAUGUUGUGACAAGAACUCCCAAUUUUGAUGUGUUGACUUGGUGGAAAUCAAAUGCAUCGAAGUAUCCAACCUUACAGGCAAUAGCUAGGGAUUUUUUAGCUAUUCUGGUAUCUACUGUUGCUUCUGAGUCUGCAUUUAGCACUAGUGGUAGGUUGGUGAGCCCGUAUCGAAGUAGACUUCAUCUAGAUACUUUGGAAGCAUUAAUGUGUGCACAGAGUUGGUUAUGGGCUAUAGAGAUGCAAGGAAAUUCAACAUUAGAAUCAGUUGGUUACGCCACUAUAUAUGAUGAUAUGGAUGUGAAUCAGAGUUGAUCUUUCUUUUGCAUUGGGUAUGCCUUUAGUACAUUGAUUUUAUUCUUAUUUGUGAAUUUGUUUCCCUUUGGUAGCGUUGAGGUAAUAUUAAUUCAAUAUUUAUGCGUAGGAUUGUAGCUGUUGUGCUCAAAAGAAGUUGAUUUUGUAACACACAAAAUUCCGAGGU